CAAAUCUCCUCUCCGCCUCCGCCCCCGGCCGCGCCGCCGCGCCGGAAGACCCGCCCCGCCACGGCCCGCCGACGAAGAACGCAAGCAGACGACGCCGCCGAUGCAGAUCUCGCCGCUCUGACCGGGAAACGCGCCGACGGACUGACCGAACGCUCGCCGAACGCAUUUCGCCACGAAUCCGCCGCCCCCCCGUCGGAGGAAAGGAGGAGGCUUUCCCGUCCGUCCGCCCCUCCCUAGGGCCCGAUGCACCCGAGGUCGCGCAUUCGCGGACGCGAGCCGCCGCCCCCGCCCCCGCCGUCAUCGGGAGGACGAUACCGCCGACGGUCCCCGCCCCUGCCGCCGCCCUCCCCGCGGCCGCAGCACCACCAGCGCCGGGCCCCGCCGCGGCUCAGCAGCCCCGAACGGCCGCCCCCGCGCCGCCUGCUGGCGUUGGACGAGAAGCCCCUCCCGCCGCCGGCGGCCGCGCUCGUCGUCGCCGCCGAACGGCGCUGGCGCAACGACGUGCUCCUCGAGGCCGGCCGCCUGGCCGCCCACUACCUGGUCGCGCAGGGCGUCCUCCCCGACCACGUUCUCCACGCCCGGGAACACCCCAGCCCCAAGCAGCACCACGUUCUCCACGCCAGGGACGACCCCGUCCCCAGCCCCCGCCCCGAGAUCUCCGCCCCCGCCGGCUACGCCAGGAAGAGGGAUGACGACGGGCCGCCGCGCCCUGAUGACGACCCCAGAUGGCGACGCAACGGCGGCGGCGGCGCCGACUGGGGCCGCGACAAGAGGGACGAGGACGACGGCGCCAGGCUCGCCCGGGCCAAGUCCGGCUGGGACCGCAGGACCCAGAGCUUUGACGGAAGACGCAGGUACAACGAGGGCGAUGGCGGACGCGGUGCUGGCGGUGAUGCCGACCGGGGCGUUCGCCGGAGCCACCCGUACGACGAGAAGAAGAGACCCGCCAUGUCACGCUCCUACUCCCAGAACGACCGCCGGGCCUCCAGCGACGACCGCCGGCCACCCCCCAUCGAUGACCGUCGUUUGCCCUCUGUUGACCGCAGAUUGGACCGCAAGCGGAGGAGCAGAAGCAGAAGUAGAAGCCGGAGCCGGAGCCGGAGCCGGAGCAGAACCAGGCCCAGGAGCUCUUACAGUGGCAGCCGGAGGGAUCCAGACUGGCGACCACGCGGUGGUGAUUUCGAUCAGCCACGCACCGGCGAUCUGGAACUGGUGAUUCAGAGCAAGGUGCCAGCAGAGUCUGCAACUGUUGCCAGCCGUGACGGCGAUGUGGACGGUGAUGAUGUCGAUAAACUGCCAAGGGAUCCGAAGAUUCCUCGCUCGGAGGUGGUGAUGGUGGAGGCGAAAGACGGUGCCAGCCGCGAAGAUGAAGCUGCGGUGGAACCAGAGCAUGAUGGCGCCAGACAUGAAGAUGAAGAUGCAGAGUAUGAGUAUGAGGAGGUGGUGGAAUCAGAUGAUCAUGGUGAAGAUGAUGAAGGUGUCACCUAUGAAUAUGAAGAGAUGGAAGCAGAGGACAAUGGUCAGGACGAUGAGGCUGCUGCUGUUGCUGGCUUGAAUGAUGCUGAUGCUGAUGCUGCUGAAAUAAAUGCCAGCCACCAACUGCCCAUGGUGGAUGUUCAUCCAUCAGAGCCUGCUGAGGAACCGGCGCACACGCAGCCCCAUCUCAGCGACGUCGAGGAGGCCACGGAGGCAGAAGUUGCGCGUGUGGAUGCAUGCCUGAUUGAACCAGUGGCUGACAACAGUGGUUGUUCUGAAAUUAGAGGUGAAACGGAGGCUCCGCAAAGUCAACCUGAAGCUGGACUUCAAGCUAGAGGUGAAAUGGAGGCUCUGCAGAGUGAACUUGGAACUGAACUUCAAGUUAGAGGUGAAGUGGAGGUUCUGCAGAGUGAACCUGAAACUGAACUUCAAGUUGCGGGUGAAAUAGAGGCUCUGCAGAGUGAACAUGAAACUGAACUUGUUACCGAUGUAGUGGAGGCUCCGCAAAGUGAACGUGAAACUGAACUUCAAGUUGCAGGUCAAAUGGAGGCUCCUCAAAGUGAACCUGAAAUUGAACUUCAAGUUGCCGAUGAGAUGGAGGCUCCACAAAGUGAGCUUGGAACUGAACUUCAAGCUGCAGGUGAAAUGGAGGCUCCGCAUAGUGAACUUGGAACUGAACUUCAAGUGGCAGGUGAAAUGGAGGCUCCGCAAAUUGAACUUGGAACUGAACUUCAAGUGGCAGGUGAAAUGGAGACUCGGCAAAGUGAACUUGGAACUGAACUUCAAGUGGCAGGUGAAAUGGAGGCCCUGCAAAGUGAACCUGAAACUGAACUUGUCGAGGAAACUCCACAGAUGGAAAUUGAGCUUGGAACUGAACUUCAAGUGGCAGGUGAAAUGGAGGCUCUGCAAAGUGAACCUGAUACUGAAAUUGUCGAGGAAACUCCACAAACGGAAAUUGAGCUUGGAACUGAACUUCAAGUGGCAGGUGAAAUGGAGGCUCCGCAAAGUGAACAUGAAUCUGAACUUGUCGAGGAAACUCCACAAGCGGAAAUUGAGCUUGGAACUGAACUUCAAGUGGCAGGUGAAAUGGAGGAUCUGCAAAGUGAACCUGAAACUGAACUUGUCGAGGAAACUCCACAAAUGGAAAUUGAGCUUGGAACUGAACUUCAAGUGGCAGGUGAAGUGGAGGCUCCGCAAACUGAACAUGAAUCUGAACUUGUCGAGGAAACUCCACAAAUGGAAAUUGAAGCUGCUGAUGGUGAUCCUACUAGAGAUGAAGAAGAGCUGCCGGCUUGGUAUCAAAUUUUUGACCUCAAUGUUGACGGAACUCGUGAGAGCUGUGAAGUGACUGAGAUUCCCGGUGAUCCUCCUGAAGAACAUGCUUGUGAUUCUCUGCCUGAUUUAGUUGGUCAGAUGAGCCAGCAAGCAUACUAUGAUCCUCCAGAUACUCUAAAUCAGGGUAUUGGCAUGCAUGAUUUGGAUAGGAACUACCAGAACAGCGAGCAGAUGCUUAUAAAUCAGAUAGCCGAUGAGCAUGGACAGGGUGAUCAACAGCUGGAGGGCGAGCAAAUAAACAAUGAGGAAACAAUGCUAAAGCAAGAUGCGGAGGAGCAGGUGCAGAAUGAGCAUUUGUUACCUGAUCGUGCUGCAGACGUUAAUCACCAGAUAAAGGAGGAACAAAUGCUUCUAGAUCGUGUUACAGUUGUGCAUGAGUUGGAUCAUUGUGAUCUGAACGGUGAACAGAUGCUACUAAAUGAUGGUUCAGUUAAUAAAUCUGCAGUUGAUGGGGACAAGUUAAAGGAUGGGCAAAUGGACCGGGCUGCAAAGAGACAAGCUACACUUCGCAGCCUGGACAAUGGCCAAAUGAUGAUUCCUAUAAUUAAUUUGGAUGACGACGACGACGAUGAUGAUUAUGCAGAGCAGCCUGGUACCAGAGAGUUCUUAGAACCCAAAAGUGAUGCCUUACACGUGGAUACUUUUCUGCCAGAACGUAUGUGUUCUCAAGACGAGCAAGCCGCAAGCUUUCCUGACCAUCAGACUAACAUCCCAGCAUCUUCUUCAUCGGUUCCACCACAUUCCGGAAAUAGGUGGACUGGGAUGGGAGCUGUCAAUGCACAGGGAAUUCCCAGUGAUGAUGGUGUCCUAUAUGGUGGUGCGUUUGAUAAGAUACCAUUAGAAGUGAUCAAUGUGUGGGAUCUGCCGUCAACGGAGCUGGGGAAAUCCUGAUGAGCCAGCCAGCCAUGCUGUGUUGUAACUUGCGCUCCAGUUUACUGUCUGUCUGUUGUUAGUUAUCCUGGACCGUCGAAGGCCGGGCGCUGGAGCCGGUCGACCGGUCCGUCCGUUGUUGAUCUGUACUAUGUGGUGUUAUGCUAGGUAGUUUAGUUGUCUUGUUGUUAGAUGAUCCCGGGUAGAGUUGAAAGAAGUCACAUUUCCUUGCUGGUCCAGGAAGAAGUGUCUGGUGGUGCCAACUCUGGUACAGGGUAAGCAAGCACUACCCUGUAGCUUAGCUUGUUGACAGCCAGCCGCUCCUCCCACAGUUUUGACUGCAAAAUGAUACCGAGUCCUGUUUGUCCAACCGUUAUGUUCCGUGUUGCUCUCCUCCUGAUUCGUCUGCGCGCGGCCGAUGAGUCGUCGAGGUCAGACAGAUGACUGCAGGGGAGAAAGCCGGGAUAGCUUGAUCAUCAGCUGUCCCCUUCCAUGUUGCGCUCCUCCUGAACCCUCUACCUUGUGACGGAAGGUGCUCUUGAGAAUGUCAGUAAGCAAUGAGAAGUGCAUAAUGUUUGCUGGAGACUGUCUGUAAGCGUCGAAAGGUGACUGCCCUGCACACAAGGGAAGAAAGUAAGGUGGCAAUGGAUGGAAGAAUGAUAUAAUUGCUUGGUGUGUUCCAGCACCAACCUAACAUGAUACUAGCAAGAGUCACAUUUGUCGGGCUUUAUUUUUCCCUUGCUCCCUGUCAGAUAGAUGCUGGGUCAGGGCCGCUAACUGAACUUGUUCUGUAUUGGAACAGCAGUGCUCUGCUAGCUGCUGCAAUGCCAUGUGAAUGUGAUGGAAUAUGUUUUCCUUUUUUCAA